AUGGAAAUCACCAAGGAUAAAAUAAGAUUUAAGUAUUUCUGCAAUACAGUCAAUGAUAUAUUUGAUGCACUUAAAAUUAACGACAACACUCAAAAGUAUGCACUCUUAAAUACAGAAGCAGUUGAGAAGGAUAAGGCGUUCAAUACUUCCAGGAUAAUGGCUUUAAUGAUAGUCAAAAUUGUUUCUGGUUUGAACCGAAUUGAACCAGAUACCACAUUAGCGGAGCUUCUAGACAUACUGAACGGCAAAAAAUCAACUAGAGAGGCUGAGAAAUAUAUUGUGGGACUCAAACAGUUGAACGUAUCAUCCGAGGGUUAUUUGUCUGAAGUUCUCGUAUUACCAUCUGGAGAAUCGGAUGUGAGACAACUCAAUAUGGAUUCUGCAAUAAACGACCACACCACUACAGAUGUCAAGGCUAAAAAACGAUCUCCGUUAACCCAACUACCGGCUUUCACACGUCAAAACGCUCAAUCAGUUGAUACGGAGGGAUUUUCUAAAGAAGUAUCAAGCGAUCAUCAACAUUGGAACCAAACAUCAAUGAGUAGUAUCCCUAGUCCAAAACGGUCUCGUUAUGAAACUACCUCUAUUGAACCAUUACCACAACUACCGGCGGUAAAAAUGACCUCCAAGAAACCCACAUCGGAAGUGCACGAAAGUCAGUAUCAACAGCAAUUCAUUCUUCUCAAGAACCCACCAAAUGUUAUUCCGAAUAGACAUCAACAUGUAUUGACUGUUCAACCUUUGAUACGUAUUCCAGCAUAUAAGGAACUCACUUUCAAACAAAUGCAGAAUGAACUACGAAAAUCGUGUGCCCAACAUCCUAAGAAACAAGCAAUAGUCGCAAAUUCAUUGUGCCAAAUUUUUGAGAGAAUGAAGAAUCAACAUCCACAAGUGCAUCCACUUCCAAGUUUACCUGGAAUCGCCGAGCAGAGUUGCCCGUCACCAUCAAACAGUGCUAGGGUGAACAAUACUGUUCCAGCUUCAGUUUCAAGAAACAAAAAGUAUGAAGCACCGAGAACACAUCCGUAUUUUUCUCAUCCACCUUCUCAAGAAAACAAUAAUUUCUCGUUUGCUCCUCUCGGAAGAUUGACGCAGACGCCUAUUGUUUCUGAAUUGAAUCUCAGUGCUAUUGAAACGGAACAGAAUUUUGGAACCUUAUCGAUUUCUACUCAAAGUGAGAAACAUGAAGCCAAAACAUCUCCGGUUCCAAAUAAUGAAGCGGAGAAAGAAGAAAUUGUUAUUGACGAUGAUGAGGUCAAAAUACCGGACACAAAAUCACCGAAAACGCUGGAAGAAAUAGGUAAACUGGUUCUUGCAAACAUUUCAAUCCCCGAGUUCUACGGUGGUCGACUUAAAUCAUCUAGUCUCUUGAUUGAAAGUUUCUGCACUCUCCGUUUGCAAUCUUUUGUAUUAGACGAGACUUUGAUGUUUCUGGCCACCGAUAUGAUUCUACAACAUUUGAGCGAAGAAACAUGUGACAGCGUUCAUCUUCUCAGUAACUAUUUGUUUCCAAGUUUGAUUGGUGGAAGUAAAGGCAAUGAGUGGUUUAUAAAAGAAACGAUCUCUCAAGAGAGCAUGGCAUCACUUGAAAGCAAAUGUGAACGGGCUGUCAAUAGGAUGAAAACACAUUGUGACAUGUUUUCUCGUAAAAUGCUUAUCCUGCCAACAUUUUUCAUAAGUCAUUGGAUGCUAACCGUUAUUGUGAAUCCGGGGCAUCUACUUGAUGGAAAGACUUGCCAUCUUUUAUUUUUUGACUCUUUUUACCCCAGAUAUUGGAACAUCCGAAAAAAUCACAUGAAGACCAUUAUGUUGAAAUACCUGGAAAACGUAGCCAAGAAGUUUGAGUCUGGAAGGAAUUUCCAGCCAAACUGUAGUCCGAUUGUACCAAGAAACAUUCCACUUCAACCUAGAGGAUCAAAUGAUUGCGCCGCGUUCACUCUUCAUUUUAUGGAAUGCCUUCUGAAGUCAAUGGACCACAUUUGUCAUCAUCCGAAUCUUGAAAUGCUCGACUGGCAAACACUUGUUCCGGAUUGGAGAGAACAAUUAGCUGGAAACCCGAGAGAACCUCUUAUUCGAAGAAUAUUGAACAGAGCAUCAUUGGAAAAUUUGGGUUACUUGAAAACGUAUGUGACAGAGAACCGGAUUGCUGGGUUACCACUUCAUUAUUGA